AUGAUUGGAUCGUGCAGCAAACGUCUCCAGGACUUCCUGGCUGAGCGGAAAAGUCGCAGAACCAGGCUAGUGACCAAAGAUGGCCGGUGCAACAUUGAAUAUGGAAACUUCAAAUACAGCAAACACUUUGCCUUCCUGGCUGACUUCUGGACCACGUUUGUGGAGAUCCGAUGGCGUUUUGUCCUCUUCCUCUUCAUCGCCGCCUUCACCCUAAGCUGGUUCAUUUUCGGCCUGCUGUGGUACUGGAUUGCUCGCAGUAAUGGAGACCUCACGUGGCAAAGCCCUGCGUCAGAUCACACUCCAUGUGUUGAUAAUGUUGUCGGACUCACCACGGCGUUCCUCUACUCACUCGAAACCCAGACAACCAUUGGGUAUGGUGGGCGAGCGCUCACACCUCUCUGCCCCGGUGCUGUAGCCCUUCUCAUCAUUCAAUCUCUCAUUGGAGCCAUUAUCAACUGCUUCAUGUGUGGAGUCAUCCUGUCCAAAAUCUCAUCCCCCAAAAAGAGAGCCAAGACCAUCACGUUUAGCGACAUGGCAGUCAUCAGCCCCAAAAACGGAACUCUUUGCCUGUCAAUCAGAGUUGCCAACCUGCGCAAGACCCUCAUGAUCGGGAGCCAGAUCUACGGGAAGCUGUUGAGGACAACAAACACUCCAGAUGGGGAGACGAUCAUUAUGGACCAGGUGAACAUCGACUUUAUGGUGGACGCAGGGAAGGACAACCUCUUCUUCAUCUGCCCUCUCACGCUUUACCACAUCAUCGACAAGAGCAGCCCCUUCUUUGAGAUGGCAGUGGACACGCUCAACAAGCAAGAGUUUGAGCUUGUCGUCUUCCUGGAUGGCACCGCUGAGUCCACCAGCUCCUCCUGCCAAGUCAGGACCUCAUUUAUUCCUCAGGAGAUCAUGUGGGGCUACAACUUCCUGCCAAUCAUCUCCAGAAGCAAGGAGGGCAAGUACAGGGUGGAUUUCUCCAACUUCUCCAAGGUGGUGCCAGUGGCCACUGCGCACUGUGCCUACUGUUUCCACAACAUCAAGGGUCAUCAUCAUCACUCCAGGAACGGACAUGACAACCAGGGCUUUGAGGUGAUUGAUAUCAACGAUCCCCCAAAUGUCACAAAGAUGUGAGGACAUGAAUAUACUGUAAUGAACAGUAAGAACUGAGACUGCUGUCGAGGCCUUUACCUCUAAAUGACGAAUGCCUUAAGGACGAGCAGUUGCAGGGGGCAGCUGGGGUUACCUGAUGGCAGACAGGGCAUUGUGUAGCAUUUAAAUACCUAA